CACAGUCCAGCUAACGAGGAAAAGUCCACACGUCUGCAAAACAGGAAAAGGAGCACCUUUUUUUUACCUGUAAUCUAGGAAAGUCUCUUAGAUUACCAGAAUUUUGACGAGUCCCAAGAAUCACUCAACCACAGAAGUUUUUUCCCCCAUUUUUCUCCUAGAAUCCAAUCACCACCUCUCCAAGCACGGAAGCGCUUGUCUGAUCAUCCGACCAAUCAGAGUUGCACUGGUGGUUGAAAUGGCCAGGUGUUUCAGCUUUUCUUCAUCAAGAAAUUCAUGCUUCAAAUUCUCUUUUUCCCUUGCAGGACUAGAGUCAUCCACCAAAGAUCUUGGUGACGGAACGAUCAUGCACUUUUGGAUCCCCAAAACCCACAAAGACAAAAAGCCCAAUUUGCUUUUGAUCCAUGGCCUUGGAACGAAUGCAAUGUGGCAAUGGGAUGAGUUCAUCUCACCACUAUCUUCAAAAUUCAAUAUUUAUUUGCCAGACUUGCUAUUCUUUGGUGAUUCUUACACCGCUAGGCCUGAAAGAUCAGAGGCUUUUCAAGCUCAGUGUGUGAUGAGGACCAUGGAGGCUCUUGGGGUCAAGAAAAUGAGUGUUGUGGGAAUCAGCUAUGGGGGGUUUGUGGGAUAUAACUUGGCUGUGCAAUUCCCUGAGGCUGUUGAGAAGUUAGUGCUUGGUUGUGCUGGGGUGUGCUUGGAAGAGAAGGAUAUGGAGGAGGGAAUGUUUCUAGUGAAGAGUGUGGAGGAUGCUGUUAGUAUUUUGUUGCCUCAGACUCCUGAGAAGUUGAGGGAAUUGAUGAAGAUUUCCUUUCAUAAGCCUCAAAAGAGUGUGCCGUCUUGUUUCCUCAAUGAUUUCAUUCAUACGAUGUGUGUAGAAAAUCGGCAGGAAAAGAUUGAGUUAAUACAGGCAUUGUACAAAGGGAGAAAGCUUGCGGAUCUUCCUAAGAUUACUCAUCCCACAUUGAUUAUUUGGGGUGAACAUGACCAAAUAUUCCCGCUGGAAUUGGGGCACAGAUUCAAAAGGCAUCUGGGCGAGAAUGCAGAACUGUUAAUAAUAAAGAAUGCAGGGCAUGCAUUCAAUAUAGAGGCGUCCAAGGAACUAUGCAAACACUUGAAAUCAUUCCUUGUUAAUCCUCUCACACCAUCUAAGAAGGAAAUAAAUGGCAGCAGCCACAAGAAAGAUUGAGAGAAUGCUGCAAAUAGGAUUGGGAGAUGCCGAUAUCCUAUUCUUCUUUGAGUAGUUAUUACUCCAAAUUGUGGGUAAACACCACCAAUAUUGUUUACAGAACUCCUUCUCGUGCCACAUUUGUUCUGUAAUACCAGCUUUGGGAUGGAGAUAUUUAUGAAGUAUCUAUAGCGUUGUUGUUAAUCUUUAUCCCAUGGCUGAAUUUUUGAGAUUAUUAGCCAGAUAGAUGUUUGAGCUGGAACAAGUACCAGAAUCGUGAAAACAAGCAGUAGUACAUGUUCCGAGCCUAGUUGUACUAUUUUCUAUGUUCUGAAAGAUCACAUUUGCAUGCUUUUCUCGACA